AGGGCACAAGACAUGCGCAGUCAGGAGGGUAUUGUCGCCAUAUUAGAAUCGAUAAGAUUCCGUAUGAUAGGGCGUCUGCGUGGACUCUCGCAUCAUCUUCCUUGUGUUACCAGUUUGGUCAAGCGUACGGCCGACAGUGCCAGGGGCUGUCCAUAAAAUGGCUACUGAUAAACGCUAGGGGCGUUGCUAAAGAAUAUUUGAAGUGCAAGAAAGUCAAGUGUUCACACCACCAAGAUGCCGCCACCGCCGCCACCACCACCACCCCCAGGGCCAGGACCCCCUCCUCCUUCAGGAGGCCUCAAGCUGGGUGGUGGCAAAGGGGGUGGAGGAGAUCGGGGUGCUUUGCUGUCUGCCAUCCACAAGGGGGCACACCUGAAGAAGACUGAAACCAAUGACCGCAGUGCCCCCCAGGUUGGAGCUGUUAAAGGAGGAGGUGGUGGAGGUGGCGGAGGAGGAGGUGGAGGUGGUGGAGGAGGUGGUGGCAGUGGUCCUGUGGGGAUGGGAGGUCUUUUUGCUGGAGGCGUGCCUCGCCUCCCCAGCCAGGCUCGAGGGGCCAGUUCCAGAACUGUUGUUGAGACUCCGUCACAUGCUCUUCGACCCCAUGUGCCUGUAGCCAAUGGUCCUUCAUCUGGACCACCUCGUUCUUGGCAGAUGAAUGGGGGAGGGCCUCCUCCUCCACCCCCAGCAAACAUCAAGCCUGCUGGAAGUCUUCCAACCCUGCCACCCACCCCCAGCAAGCCACAUCCAAGUCGUUCUAUAUCACAUGAUGACUCCGAUGUAACUGACAGCACUCCACGACCAAAUGUCGCAGCUUUGGCAGCGGGUUUGGCAUCUCGACAGCCUCCACCAUCACCACGAUCGCAGCCACCACCACCUCCUCCAGUUGCUUCUGGGAAACCGCCUGUACCUUCAGGGCGACCCCCCAGCAUGGUUGGGCGGCCUUUACCUCUGCCUCCAACAUCGGCAGCCACACCGGCACGUCCACCUGCGGCACCAACAGCACCCAUACCAGCACGUCCGCCUCCAGCACCAACAGCAGCCAUACCAGCACGUCCGCCUCCACCACCCCCAGUCCGCAGCAACACAGGAGCACCUCCUCCUCCUCCUCCAGUCAACCGCACUACUCCCCCUGGUCCCCCAGCCACCAGGCCUUCUGGUCCACCCCCUCCACCUACGAGGGUAUCCUCCAAUACCAGCGGUGGUACCAUAGGCCGUGCAGGCCCACCCCAGAUACGGCCUCCGCCUCCUCCAGCUCGUCGAGAUCUCAACAGUGGAGGGACUGUUGGUCGCAGUCAGGGCCCACCACCUCCUCCAACCUCCCUGCCACCUCAGAACAUUGUUCGCAUGAGCAGUUCAGGUUUCGGAGAUGAUUUUGAAGGAAGGUUUCGUUUUCAUCCAUGCAACGAGUUGCCACCACCAGAGCCUUUCAGUGGUGUACACAAGACGUAUCCAUCACAAAACCCCAAGAAUUUCAAAAACUCAGUUAGCCAAAGGCGGUUACCUCCCCCUCCGCCUCCCAACAGUCGAUGAGACAUGGAGAUGAUGACUACAGUGGAGCAAGCUGGAUGUGUCUGUUUCGAUUGGCAACCUUUUCCAGCCAAAUCUGGUGUGGCACAGACCCCAUUUUAACUGCCACUAAUUUAAUAAGUGUGAAAAGAACACUUGUCUGUGAUGAUUUUUCCAACACAAUUGUACCUAACUAAACAUUUGCCUAAAACUAUUAUGUAGUGAUGUGUUCUGUGUGCUGGAGGCUGUUGGAUUCCAAGCAGCUAUUGUGCAAGUCAGGCUGCGUGGUAUUUGGGGCUGUGAGAGAUGAUAACAUGGGCAGGCUUUACAGCAAAGGGGAACACAGCUGGGCGCCAAGAUGAGAAUGUGCUGCAAUGUGACUGUACUUCCCUGUGUCUAGUUAGAAUGGUGGUUUGGGACAAGUUAAAGUCCUCAUGAAAUGAACAUCAGCACUCUUAGGGCCUAUAAAGCCAUUACCCCAACUUGAAGUUUCAGCAGACUGCUUGACAUGUCAAGACAGAAUGCCUUAGUGACACGUCAAAGCUCUGAUGUCAUGGCGACUGCUGUUGAAUGGUUUUUCCGACAUUCUAAUGCUGCACUCGCAAACUGUUCCGAGGAAUCCCUGAGCUCAAGAUGUGUAUGCAAGUAGUUGGGAGUGCGGUGCCUGUAUUCAUACAUAAGACUCGGAUCUGUGUGUGCAUGACUCGGCCAGCAGAGAAAUACAUAGAAUGAGAGAGUGUUAAGGUGACCCUUUUGCCUGCAUGUGCGGACAAAGCAAGAAAGCAAGAUGGCAUAACCUGAAGGGAGACAACAUUGACCUUGUAGCUGAUUUAAAUUUUUGUUUCAUUAGUUUUUUAAAUAUUUUUUUAACUGUUUCAGCAGGUCAUGUUCUGUUACAAUUUAUUAUUUUUUUAAUCUUCAAACCUUGUAUUUCAUGGAUGGUAGGGAGUCAGGGAGCUGGCUUGUGAAAGCAGCUGAGAGUAUAAGUAUGUUCUUGAAUGACAGUGUGCUGCAUCACAGACACUUCAGUGGCUUUGCUGCCAGUCCAACUGCACACGUUCCAGACUCUUCCUUCCAGAUAAAUAAUAUUUAUGAUUGCUAAAUCAGAAGCAGUUUGGUAUUUUUUGAGUAUACUAUCGCAGUUCCCUCUGCUUUUGUAAUGGCAGGCGACCAGUGCAAAUCAGUGCACUUGUAACAAGGUACCCAGAGCAAAAGAUGUGGAGGUUUUAACGAGUUGGGCAGACAAAGGCAUCUGCUUCCUCUUUGCUUUGAACUUUUUCCUAAAACCCAGGAUUAGUGGGGCACAUCUUCUUAGCACUUAGCAGCUUACGUAUCUUUUGAGCACUGAGCAGUUUAAGGAAUGCUUUUGUCAGAGGGGAAUGGUAAGGGCCUUGUUCAUGUUUUUGAUCGGUUUCUGCACUUAAACACAGCCUCUUCAGAUUAUCAUUAGGCUGGACACCCCAGCAGAAAUGCCAAAUCUCACAGAAAGCAGCCUGAGUCUUUGAAAUAAUUUUCUCCAUUCACUUAUUAUUUUCUCUUUUAAAAAGAGGGUUUGUCUGAGUCAUAAGUGGCAAAACUGGCUUGAGUGUUCACUGUUGGAUAGCUGAUAUGUUCUUGACAUCUCACUACUCCCACAUGUUUAACAGCAGUAGGGGAAAAAUGCCCCUAAGAUCUCAUCAGUGAUUGCAAAUAAUUGUGGAUUUUAUUUCUCAUGAUUCUUCUCAUCUUGUUAGUUGCUUACAGCUUCUACAAUAUUGUUUCUGUUCUUUUUAUCUAUUUUAAGGUCUUCCCAGUUAUUUUUGCUUAUCUGUUCCAUUGUCAACUCUUCACCAACACCAGCAUUUCCUCCACUUAGUGCAAGAGCAAAGCCAUGGCACAUGGUGCAAUUAGGAACGAGAUAUCUAGGGUAAUCUUCAGCAAUUGUACAGUAUUUCAAGUAGUGGGCAGUUUCCUUGUAAUUGCCACCCACUGACUUAAAAAAAAAUCAAGUUGCAUGCAUGUGUGCACCCUGUAUGUAUGUGGAUGGAUGCAUGCAUGGGAGAUUUCCUGUUUUCUGCUUGCAUAACUCUUAUAAUAAUUAUGGGCCUGCAAGGUCUGGUUAUAUGAUUCUUGGCAUAUUAGAGAUUGUAUGUUUUCAAGACUUGGUGCCUUUUCUAACUUGUUGCUUCGUUCUUAGAUCUGACCUGGGCUGAAAGCUUUCCUGUUAUUUUCAAGGUUGAAUUCCUAUCACCCAGAAUACGCAAGCUCCUUCUGUUGUAUUUCAUGUCAGGAUUUUGGUCAUGAUUCUUAGUAUCUUUUUGAAGAAGGAAAAGUGACUGCAAAGUUUAAAGAUAUUUCAGGGUUCCAGAUUGCCAGCCAAAAGCAUGUUGGUUUUCUUUUUAAUUAGUGGGGCAGGUUGCCAAUGGCAGCGUUUGCUUAUGUUUCUGUUCUCUCGCUUAGAAAAUUGGUGUUAUUCUCAUCUGGAACAAAAGUGGACUGUGGGGUACAGCUUUGUGCCUUUCAUAUGUUCCAAAAGAAAAGCAAGAGAGCUUUAAACUGUAUUCAUUUUUUGUACUUGUACUGUGUGUGUUGCCAACAGCAACCUCUGUCUGGUCAGCAUUAUGGGGCUUGCAGACAAAAUGCUUGGGAAGAAGUUUACAGACUUAUAAAAGAUAUGUUAGAAAUUGGCAGCAUUCAGAACAUAAAAUAGAAGAUUUGGUCAUGCGUGUGUGGAUUUUGACAUGUUUAGUGCUAGAUGGUGUAAUCUGUUGGCACAUAAUAAUGUGUCAUCAUUUUAUAGCUUGUAAAACAGUCCUUGAAGCCUAGACGUGAUAAAGCUAAGUGAAACAGGUUCAGUAAACCCUUUUGUAUUGCUUAAUUUUGAGUGAAUUCAUCAUGAUCAAGAGAUACAUAGUUCUGCAGUCUUGGAAUGAUUACAUCAGAGAGGCACCGACUGCAGGCAUGUCUUGUACUAAGUGUUGAAGUGGCGGGGGGAGUAUUUUGUUUCUAGGCAUUUCUUGUUCCAUAGUUGCAACAACUAUUUUUCUUAUUUUGAAAACUGCAAAUACAAAAAUGCAUAUGCCUUCUCAUACAUAAAUAUAUAUAUGAAUAUAUAUUCUCAUUAUUCCUUUUCGCCCUCAGUGGAGCAUAGGGCUGCAAUAAAUAUAUGUAGGGUAAUCUUUACUAUCAAUUACUAUGUGGCAUGCAGACAGUACUAGCAUGCAAGGGGACGUCAUCAAAUGCUCAUUUUUACACACUGUUGUAUGCUGCUUAUUAUCACAAAGCAAGUGCUGAUAAACUUAGUUUUUUCCCCAUCCAGGUUGUAGAGCUGGUGAUGAUUUUAUGUGAUGGGUUUAUGAAUUGAGGAGAGCUGGAUAUAUUAUUAAAUUGUAGUGUUAGUAACAUUAGAGGAGUUGAGGAGCAUUAUAAAAGAUCCUGCUUAGACAUUUCAUGGUCCCUGUUAUGGUUUUCAGUUUGUUAGAAGUUCGAAUAUAAAGGAGGCGGCAUGAACAAGAAUGCCUUAAGCCCAACAACUGUUUAAAAAAAGAAUUAAUCAAACACUCCAAAAUGUGAGCUCCUGAGCUUACCUCGUCCCUCUCCAGGGCACAGUAGUCAUUCCUGCAACCAUCACAGCUCUGACCUCGAACUAUAUGCUCUUUCAGUUAGGAAUUUGGGGCAUCCAUGUGUGCUGAGUGCCUGAAAAAUAGUUGGCUGCUUCAAGCAAACCUGUGAAAAUUCUUCCCAUCCUACCCGAUGAGCAGUCAUUCAGCUGGGUGUCACCUUCAAGCACUGUCCACGCCUGCACUACCUCUUGGGAAAAAAUGCUGUUCAUGUUUUCAUGUUUUGUGAUAAGCAAAUGAAGCUUGGAAUUCUUUGGUCAUGUUUUGCACUGCAGUCUUCAUGUUGAUUAUUGCACAUUAUUUCCACACAGCCAUACUAGUUGGUCGGGGAUUAAUUGGAAAAAAGAUUCAUUUAUGUGUAGUCUUGCUUUUUAAGACAAGUGGAUCUGUCUUUGGCUUCUGGAAACUUGUGGGAGAAAUGGAUUCUUUCAUCAACAAAUUGCAUGUUUGGAGCCCCAUAGUUUGGAUCUGUGUACAUAGUAUAAAAGUGUAACAAUGUAUUCUCUAGACAAGCAAUUUAAACAGUUCUAAUUUAGUUAUUUACCUUUUGUGUCAUGCUCCUGAAAGUCUACCCAUACCAAAAAAAAACAAACUUCUCAAAAUGAUUGCAAUAAUAAGUAAAUGAAAACUUGAGGCAGUGGUGUAAUUGUGCACCAUUUGGAGAUUUAGAUAGAGUAGACGCUUAUGUUUUUCUGUCCUUGUUUUGUCUAAUAUAUUGUGCAGUACUAGAAAGCAAAGAGUUAAAAGUUACAAACUGGAAGGAAAACUUGCUAUAGUUUCUAUCCCUCAGUUUGUAUUUUUGUUUUAACUGCGAACCUUUAAUGCCAAGAUGUCCUCCAAAAUGUACUUUUCCUGGAAAUCACGAAUUCUGUUGGACAUCAAAACUUUUUAUUUUUUCAGUUAAAAGUAAUGUGUUUUCCCCCUACUUACUACAGCCCUUGCCUCUCUUCUUCUGAAUUAUACGGUUUGAUCUCUUUCACGUCUCUUUGUCUUGCCAUUCUUCUUUCCUUGGAGGGAACGGAGAUAGCUAAUAGUCCGAGCACCUGCGUCUAAAGCUGGAGGCCUGCACUCAAGGUGAUUUGACAUACAUGUGUUUCAGCUAACUUUCCUCAGAUUGAUCCAGAUUUUGAAUGGGUUGCUUAACCCUUGAAUGGUUGAGAAAGGAAUGGCAAAUGGGGAAAGGCUAUGGGUACCACCCUUACAAACCUUGACCCCUAGAUAGGUGUGGUCUUAGACACUUCCUACAACCUUUGUCUUUCCUUUCAGUUUUUUCCAUGUAAAAUAACAUGGCAGCAUGGGCUGUUUCAGUUGUCUACAAACAGCGUCAUCUGAUUUUGCUUUUUUUUUUAGCUGUACUUGAUGGUAAUAGUUGGAACUGAAAAGCUGAUGACAAGACAAGGAAGUAAUGCAGAUUAAAACAGAAAUUAUAAGCACAUGGUGUUGGUAGAACUGCUGUUCAGAAUUUAGGUGAGAAAUCUAUCGUUAAUCUUGUAACAAUUUGCGGUUACAGGUAGUGACAAAAAUGUCAAAGCAGCUCUGGAAAACAUUUUUAAAGCAGAGCUUGGCUCAAAAAUUUUUAACUGCAUAAUGUGUAUGGCUAAGUGGCAUAGUUCUUUUGAAUGACGUGUUUGAAUGUUUGCUGGCUGUGCCAAUAAUUGCUUGUGUGGAAUUAUGAUAAAUUAUAUGUGAUGGUGUGAUUAUCUCUCCUUUGCAUAGCAUGUCUGGAAGUGGACAGGAGAGUAAGGGCAGAGAGGUGGCCUCCAUCAAGUGCACCCUCUUUGCGGUUUCCAAGGAGACUGCCAAGCAGUCAUGUAAUGUUUACCUUUGAAGUGUGGCUAAUGUCCAUUGUGCUUGAUUACUACUUUUCCACCAGCUGUUGAUCUGUAUACAAAUAUUCCCAUUUUCUUGUACUCUAUAUACACUCAUUAGAUUUAUGCACUUUCUUGUAUAAACUGGGCAAGUACA